UGGACCGACCGAUUCCAGAGACGCGACGAUUCAAAACGCUCUAAAUAGCGACUCGCGAUUGCUAUCGCCGGAAUUAAUCUUUUGUUCGUGACAAAUGCCAAGUAUUUCAGGUCUUGUCAUUGUCGUUGGCGCCAGUCGUGACACGUGGCUGGAUGAUCGAUAACGCCUCGUGCGAGCCGCGAGUGAAACGAGACCGAAGAUCGAAGAUCGAACUUGUGAUCAGUCCGCGAUACAUCGGCGAAUCGUCAACAAGGGUAUAAGUGUUUUAAUCCCGAAAGUGCGCUACGUUUGGAUAACGUUUGUUCUUUGACUGACGAAUACGAAUGGGCAUGGAGCAGUUCGAGCAGCUGCUAACCUGCGCGAUAUGCCUGGAUCGAUACAGAAAUCCAAAGCUCUUGCCAUGUCAACACAGCUUUUGCAUGGAACCGUGCAUGGACGGCCUUGUCGACUAUGUUCGUCGACAGGUCAAAUGUCCGGAAUGUCGUGCCGAACAUCGUAUACCAUAUCAGGGCGUGCAAGCCUUUCCGACCAACGUGACACUGCAGCGAUUCCUGGAAUUGCAUAUCGAGAUCACGGGGGAGCUGCCGGACCCGACUAGCGGUCAGACUAUGGAACGCUGUGGCGUUUGCUCCGAGAAAAGUUACUGUCAGCUGUGCGUGCACUGCGAGAAGAAAUGCUGCCCCGAGUGCAAGGACGCACACAUGGAUAUCCUGAGACGCGAAAUUGCGCGCAUCAAUUCUCAGGUACGCAGGGGGCUGCACAGGCUGCAGGACGCGCUGGCUCUGGUGGAGAAAAACACGUUGGGCCUGCAGACAAACUGCGCCUCGGUCGCCGAAGAGGUGGACGAGAUUUAUCGGAGGCUGAGCAAGGCUUUGAAAGACCGUACGGAACAUCUGCGUAACGAGGUCGAUCGAUACCUCGGCACCGAGCUCAGAGGCCUGAUUCAGCUCAAAGAGAAUCUCGAAUUGGAAAUCGCGAAUAUCCAGAGCAACUGCGAUCUGGCGGAGGCGCAUAUAAACGAAAAUGUGCAGUGGGACGACGCCGAGCUCCUGGACACAAAGGAGCUCUUCCUGCGUACGGUGGAAUUUAUCAGGAACUUCGAAUACGAGGCGGGGGAUUACAACCGACGAGUCCGCUUCGUGAUGGCUCACGAUCCGAAUCAGCUUGUCCUUCACGUGGCGGGUUACGGCGAAUUGAACAUUAAACCGGAAAGCGGAAGCGGCGGAUUGCUGGGGAGCUCGAGCAGUUUAGCCCCACCGGUGGGUUCGCCCGGUCUUAUGAGGAGCAAGAGCGAUCACCGUCUCGCCUCGCAGUACAGGCAGCAAGAGGAGGAACGGCUGGCCAGGAAUCGAUACGUUCCCGAAUACGAGUACGACGCGCCGGAGUACGAGGUGCCCAGGAACAAGUCCAGGUACAGGAGUCGAUUUAUGCGUCAUCGGGACGGCGACGAUUCCGACGGUGACUCCAGGUCGACGGUGAGAUUCACGUCGGCGCCGCAGGAGUCGUCUGGCCUACGGGAACGAGUUCUGGACACGGAAGACGCCGCGCGCGGUCCCCUGUCCGGUAUAUUUCGCCUGACGGAUUCGCCGCGGGUCAUGAAGAAGUUGCAGGAGUCCGAGCGUGCCGGCAAGAGGAAGAAGGAGGAGCCGGCGAGUCAGCCCGUGUCGCAACCACCACAACCACCUAAGCCACAGGUACAAGUGAGAAAGGUACUACCGACCGCGGUGGCGAGACAGACCAGCGAGGACGACGAGAUCUCGAGGAUCAAGAAACAGAACAAGAAUGCCGCGGCGACCGCCGCCGCUGUCCACCCCGAGACGGUGGAGGAGAGGCAACCGAUUUCGACGCCCGCUUCCAUUCAUCCGCCGCCACCGAGAGAACUUCCGGAACGGGAACCCGACGAGCAGCCGGUCAGGAGACCCGCCGUCGCCAGGAGAACUUCAGCGGAAACUCACGCGCCCCCCGCGGCUAGGAGUGCUUCGUCGGACUCGAGCACGGGCUCCGAGAGCUCGGCGGGAUCCGGAAUACGCAGUACCGGCGCGCCGUUCACGACCGAGGAGAUGAAGCAGAAGUACUUGUCGAGAGCACCUCCGACCAGUACAACGACGACCGUCUCCACCGCAACCGGCAGAGAGUCAUCGAAUCCCGCCCCACCGACUCCCCGAGCACCGUUUCAGAGCCGUUUUUUAGGCGCAGGUAACCGUGCGGCUCCACCACCGCCGGUCCAGACGCCGCGGGAGGAGCCAGCGGCGAAGAAGAAGGAAGAGGAGGAGGACGAAGACGAGGAGACAAGCAGCUCUUCCGAGGAGACGGAGUCGGACAGUGAAGAAGAGUCGGAAACAGACGGUCAUCCGUCCAAGACUACCCCAACCGCAGCUUCCGCUACUUCUCAAGAUCGUCAGAGAAGCGAAUCCGCUAUGGCACGCACCGACAUCGGGCCUUUACUCGCUCGCAGCGCCGAAGCUAGAAGAGGAAGCAAGGAAGAUUCGCCUUCCACCAGGUAUUCGUCGCCGAGGGGCAGCCCCGCGCAAUCCGUGACGACGACGACGACGACGAUGACGACGCCGAGUGGCGGCGGCGGUGGUGGCGGCGGCGGCGGCGCCGCGAUGACAACGACGACGUCGACGCCGGGCGGCUACACCAGCAGGGCGUUUAGCGCGGACGGUACCGACGAAAGGUGCUCGGCCGGUCGCGUCGACGACGGUAGAGUAAUCGCGGCUACGGCUACGAUCGCGGAUUCCGCUUAUGACGUCGACGCCGACGGGGACGCGGUUAAAUCGCAGGCGACGAACGCUAGCUCGGCACAAACGGACGUUAUUACGGACAAAUCAACCACCUCAUCCACCUCUUCCCACCUCGCGAUUACCGAACCCGAAAAUCUCCUCGGGGGUAGCCGCGGCGAUAGUCGAAUUGCGAGUGUGACAUCCGAGGACGCGUUAAUUCAAGAUCAUUCCGAGAACAAGGAGAUCUCGUUGGUAGCCGCAGGUCGCAGCCGGGACGAAUCUAUCGCGACUAAAGAUAAUUCCGACAUGAGGAGAAGCGACACGGAAAAAGUGACGUCCAAAAAGCGUGAUUUCGAAGACGUUCCUAAUUCUGUUCGAAUCAUCGUGGAAGAUGUCGACGCCUCUGUCUCCGAGGAGUUGGAUUUCACGAGUCAAACCAUCGAGAUGAUCGACGAGCGUAGAGAUCGCUCGAGGUCUAAAGAGUCUCACAGCGUUUCCGAAUGUUCGAGUUCUGUCAGUGGACGAACGAUGUCCUACAGCGAAUCGGAGAGCGAUUCCGAAAGUGGCUCCGAGGAAGAAGAUGAGGAGGAAGACGACGAGUCUCGAGAUGAAAACUGCAACGUCAAGAACGGGAAAAAGGAGAAGAACAAGGACGAUGGAAAUUACGAUAAUAAAGAUAGCGCGGAAAGCGAGGCUAACGAGGAGAAUAAAGAUUCCUCGAACUCCGAAAGUGAUGAGGAGACUACGGUGCUGAGCAUUAGCUCGAACACCCGAGCCGAAAGCAGCGUGACGCCUGACGACUGUUACGAGAGGGAUUUGAAGCGCCGAAGCGCCUCGAUAAUCGACGAUAGGAGCAUCGAGGAGAUGUUCGACGAUAAUGGCUGGGUGGUCACGGAGCAAGAUCUAGAGCAGGAUCUGCAGGCUGAUCUGCAAACGAUUCCGUUGGAUGUUGAAUCCACGGUCGAUCGCCCUUCCGAAGAGACUGCAAACUCUAUCGGCGACGUCAACGACGCGGCAGAGACACGUAUCGAAGAAAUUAUUCCAAGAAUCGUCGAAGAGAGACGCGACGAGAUGUCGAGUAAAGUCGAGGAUUCCUCCGCGCGAUCGUGCACCGUCGACGACGCCGAGACGGUUCCCCAGAGCGAACGGCCCGAAGUUCUGUCAAGAAGUCACGUGUACAGGCAGAGCAGUCUGGGUAAGAACGGAUGGCUAGUCUCCGACGAGUCCGAGAGCGAGUCCGACCGGACUACCUCACCGAUCGAAGCCUCUUCCAAUCGAGACGUUGCUAGAAUCGGGUCCGCGAGCGAACUGAUGGAGAUCGACGGAAUCGAAGAGAGCACGGGCGACAUCGACGAGAACGGGUGGGUGAUACUUGACGACGACGACUACGACGACGACGACGUCGACAUAGAGCGUAUAGGGGAUAGCGGCGCGCAGGAGAACACGAGCACGAUUCGUUCCCAAACGACCGACCUCGUAAACUCAAAAACUAACAUUGAGAACGGUGCAUUAGUCGCGAACGUUGCCACGCGGUCAAAGGGCACCGAGCAGUCAGGGCCCGGCGAGCACGAGGAAACGCCCGGCGCCAGUAUGAGUGUACCGAUGCAAAUGGAUGUCUCACGAAUCUGUCAUAAAAAGUGCGGCGCAUCGGUGGUCCCCGAUGAUUGCACUCAUCUAUGGAGCUGGAAUCGAAUCAGAUCAGUGGCUGCUUCGUUCUUGAACAAGAGCAGAAGUCAAGCGGCGAUGAUGGCCCGCGAACGGGAACGGGAACGCGAUCGUGAACGUGAACGUGAACGUGAGCGCGAUCGAGAACGCGAGCGGGAACGCGAGAGGGAACGCGAGAGGGAUGUGGAUGCGGAGAUCGACUCGCCCUUGUCGACGAGAUCCCGCUACGCGGCCCUGAAGGAACGCCGACAACGGCUGGCACGUUCCAGGAGCUCGCACAACUUCGGCGGCGAGGAUCUCGACCUGGACGAGGAACCACCAUCGCCAACUACCCAGUCGCCGAACGCCUACCUAGCGGCGAAAUACGGCGCCGGCUCCGAACUGGCACGGAGCCGCAGCACCCACGCCCUGAAGUCGAGGGAGCCGAGCCCGGAACGCGAUCGACCGGGCGCGGAAAAGGACGGCGCGGCCUUGAGCUCCUGGGCCAGGUACCUCAAGAACAAGUACGGCAACCGCACCACCAAGGACAAGGAACCGCCCUCCUCGUCCUCCACGAUACCUUCGUCCAGCACCAGCGCGGCUUCGCGAAGGCUGUCGUUGGGCUUGCCUCUGAGGCACGCCGGGCAAACAUCCUUCGAAUCUUCUGACGACGACCAAAAAAACCCGUCAGGCUCCCCCACGUCCCCUACAGCAGCUCCCGUUAUACCCGCGGCAGCAGGUUCCUCCACUAGCAAUGGUCGGAGGAGUCAUUACUUGCUGAAGCGGCGGCAGCUGUUUAAGUUCGGGAUGCGGGGGAGCGAAGCCGGAUGCUUUACCUGGCCAAGAGGCCUCGCAGUCGGCCCAGACAACUCCAUCGUCGUGGCCGACAGCUCCAACCAUCGUGUUCAAGUAUUCGACGGUAAUGGGAACUUCGUGAAGGAGUUCGGAACGUACGGCAGCGGCGAGGGCGAGUUCGAUUGCCUCGCCGGGGUGGCCGUAAACCGAAUCGGGCAGUACAUCAUCGCGGACCGCUACAACCACAGGAUCCAGGUGCUCGAUCCGUCCGGCCGCUUCCUGCGGGCCUUCGGCUCUCAGGGCACCGCCGACGGCAGGUUCAAUUAUCCCUGGGGCAUCACCACCGACGCCCUCGGAUUCAUCUACGUGUGUGACAAGGAGAAUCAUCGCGUGCAGGUAUUUCAAUCGGAUGGCACGUUCGUGGGCAAGUUUGGUUCGUGCGGUAGCGGACGCGGCCAGUUAGAACACCCGCAUUAUAUCGCGGUGAGCAACACCAAUCGAGUGAUCGUCAGCGACGGCAACAAUCAUCGCGUGCAAAUAUUUGACGUAAACGGCCGCGUGUUGACGUCCUUCGGCUCGGAGGGCUCGGACGAGGGCCAGUUCAAGUUCCCGCGGGGCGUCGCCGUGGACGAUCAGGGCUACAUCCUCGUCGCCGACUCCGGUAACAAUCGCAUACAGAUCUUCAGCCCCGACGGCACCUUCCUCAAGUCCUUCGGCUGCUGGGGCAGCGGCGACGGCGAAUUCAAAGGUCUCGAGGGGGUCGCCGUCACCUCCACCGGCAACAUCGUCGUUUGCGAUCGCGAGAAUCACCGGGUCCAAGUAUUCUGAGUUCGUCGAUUACGUUGAUUACAUUUCGUUUAAUGAAAGAACUCUGCUCUUUUACCAAAUAGGUACGUGUUGAUCGAUAUUCGCGUUUAUUAAUACUGUUAAUGAUAAGCGAAAGUAUUGAGAAAAUAUCUCUAGACAAUGUCGUAUAUUUUUGGAAGAGUGCAUCGACAUUAGGGGUCUGAAUAAAUAUCUGCGGAGUCGAGUUUCAAUAAUCUCGAAUAAUUUUUUCGCGUUUUUUUUUUUUUAAUCUGAAAUCUCUAACGAAUAUUUAGCAAAGCUCGAAAUUGAAAAAAAAAGUAGAAAAAAAAUAAGAUACAGAUAAUAGUUCCAAAUAUUAUGGAAGGUCAAUUAUUGUAAUAUUAAAAUUGAUAUAUAAUAUCUUGAAAAAUAUACGAACUUCAAUAUUGGAUCAUUUCUAUAAUUUAGCGAUUUUUAAUAGAAACAUUCUGCAAACAUUAUAUUAUUAAUGUCCUCUAUAAACCGGGGGUGAGAUAUUAGCCUGUUUUAUUUAUUCGUCAUGAAUAUUAACACAGACAUUUUCUUUAUCUACUCUCGUUGAAAAACUCACGAUUCUUAUGAAGCUUGUUAUAAUUUAUUUCACUCUUUAUUGCCUGGAAAAUGACUUCCAUUAUCUCACCAUAAUAAAUUCAUCGCGUUCGUUGUUUCUGUCUAAUAAAAUAAUAAUACACGAAAAUAGUCUUUUCCGCAAAGUGACGACUCUUUCGCGCUUCUCUAUGAAUAAAAAAAAUCCACUACCGUAAAAACGGUUGUUUACCUCAGAUUGCGUUGUAAAUAAUUAAUAACUCUGAUUGAUGCGCGUGAAAUUCUGAAUUUAGUGUCUUCGUUGACAACUAGAUUAAUAUUAACGAAAUAAUUUGUCUUUACUAAUAUUAUUUUUACCCAGAACUGGGGAUCUAGUGAACAAUUUAAAGGAAAGUCCGCAAAUUUUGAUGAUUAUUUAUCAUCUUUCUAUUCCGCUCGCAUCGCGACCAUAGGAGUCGGUAUAGCGGCGUAAACAAAAUUGGCAAAAUAGAAAAUAGCACAGGUUUUCUAUUUCGAGCUAAUUUCUUUAUUAUCAAAAUUUUCCGGACAAGCCAUACAGUCUCAACGCUCCCGCGUUUCUCGUUGCGAAACACGUAGAUUUGCCAUUGCUUUUCUGCGGUUUACCGCGUUCGUUUCUCGUGUCACUUUGACGAAUAUUGGAUUCAUACACUCGGCGCACGACGCGAUAUAGAAUGAAAGAAAUAUCAGAAUGGACGGAAUGGCAGAGAGAAAAGCCUGAAAAGAAGAAAAAAUAAUACAGCAAUCAUAUCGACGAGCUGAACGACGCGUGAAUAGAAUCGCCCCGCUCGCUCAACAGCGAGUGGUCCGAAUUCUCGGAGAAAAUCUUGGACCCUGGUAGAAUCUCCGGUCGACAGCUUUGAAAAAUACACACGGCCGUGUUUGCCUUUUCGUCCCUCUCUAUCCUCACUCUCCGCUCUCUCUCUCUCUCUCUCUCUCCUAUCUGUCUCUCUCCUUCUCGUACACGCACGAUAUCCGAACGACUUAAUUUAAUUUGUAUGCAAAGUGACAGCGAAUAAAGUUUGUACCGUUUGUAUGCUUUAAAUAAACUGUUGCGGAAGGAAGA